AUGUUGCUACAGCUUGCUGCCCUUCUGACACUCACGGCCGUGAUCUGCGCGACUUCGGCACCGACCUCAUCUGAACGUCGGCUCGCGCAGCCUUCCUGGCACAAAUAUGUCAGGUCUCCUCCGUCUCUCGACGUGCGACCAGCGAAGAUACUCGACUCAUAUACCGUUGGCAAUGUGCAUAAUCCCGAGGGAUUUCUAUCCGGUGGCCGGCCGACAGUCUUAACUCGAAACUCGACCGAUCGCGAGCACCCAACUAUCGUCAUCGAUUUCGGACAAAAUGUUGCGGGAGUGCUCAAGAUUCAGUUUGCCGGCUCCCAUAACAGGACCCAAGGGCUGCCAGGACUAAGAAUUGCCUUUGCCGAGACGCUGGAGUUUCUGAAGAACCGGAGUGACUUCACGCGGUCUGACAAUGCGGGAGGUAGCGAGAAAAUUACCAAUGGAACUGAUCAGAUCGCGGUGAAAAACGAAGCGUACACUUGGAAAGACCUGCAUGGGUGUCAAUUUGGACGGCAGGUAUGCUCAGAUGGCCUCCAUGGUUUUCGAUAUGUCAAGAUAUGGCUCGAUGCGCUCCCCGAGGAUGCGCCGUACACAUCACCUGUGGGCUCGAUAUCAAUCUCAUCCGUCACAUUGGAGUGGUCGGCUUACUUGGGUACACCCGACACCUUUACUGGCUGGUUUGAAUGCUCCAACGAGAAACUCACGCAAUGGUGGUACGAUGGCGUGUACACCGUCGAUCUCGGGACGGACCUGUUCCUAGCAAACGAGACGGAGCCUCGAGAUGCCAGCAGUCCGAGCCUGGAGGGAAAGCAAGUGCUGUUCGACGGCGCCAAGCGUGAUCGGGACCCUUACGUGGGCGAUUUGGCGGUCGCUUCCUUGACAUCUUACCUGUCACACGACUUUGCCGAAUCCACAAGGAACGUUCUCGAGGAUUUGGCUCUUCAUCAGCGCGCAGACGGAUGGAUACCUCCGGCGAGCAUAAAUAAUUAUACACUCCCACUAUUCGACUAUCCUCUCUGGUGGGUGGUCUGCAGUGUGGACUACACCAUGUACACUGGCGACGUGUCCUACACAAAGAAGUACUGGGCUGUUUUGCGCAAGGUCCUUGACGGGUACUAUCCAAAGUACAUGGACGGAAGCAGCGGCCUUUUGGUGAAGUCUGCGGAGUUGGGCUACGGGGACUACGCCUUUCUCCCACGAUCCGGGCCGAUUACAUACUACAAUGCCCUCUACGUCUACGCAUUGAGAUAUGCCUCCACACUGGCCGAGACCUUUGGUUGGACAGACGACGUGCAGCGUUGGCUGCCUCAUGCCGAAGCCAUUGGGAUGGCUGUGAGGCAGCACAAUUUUGACACCAAAGUCAAUGCGUUUUACGACGGCGGUCCGUGUCCCAAGGGACAGACAGGCUCCUACUGCGAUGUUCACUCACAAGACGGAAACUCCCUCGCCAUCCUAGCCGGAAUCACCGACAAGAAUACGUCGGCACAGAUUCUGAACUAUUGGAGCAAGGUCGCAAAGAGGCCGUACGGGAAUGCGUUCUACGACUCGAGUGUACUCAGUCCCGAUAACCAAUUUGCGGACCGCGUGUAUGCGUUCAUCUCAUACUUUGAGCUUCGAGCAAGGCUUACCACCCCUGGAACGUCCAACUCAGGCUUCGACGAGAUUUCUCGCUUGUAUGGCUGGAUGUCGUCGCACGAUCCGGGCAUCACGAUGUGGGAGGGCAUCGGCCCAAGCGGGUCCGCAUACCAGGGCGCAUUCACCUCAAUGGCUCACGGGUGGUCUACGGGUAUCGUUCCGCUUCUGAGCAACCACGUCCUGGGAGUUACGCCGUUGGCACCCGGCUUCAGAAACUGGAAGAUAUGCCCGCUACUCGACUUUGGAGACGUUUCGUGGGCCAGGGGCCAGGUGCCAACUCCCUACGGGAACUUGGAGGUUAGCUGGGCCAAGCAUGAGCAUGACCAGGGCGUGUCCCUCAUCAUCAGUGCUCCUAGAAGAACCAAAGGCAUUGUUUGUGUGCCGCGAAGUGGACAACAAGACCUAGUCAUUCGGGUUAACGGCACGAGAGUGUCUACGGACGCUGUUCCUGAGUCGCAGUUUGGGGCACAAGAGACAAUCUCGGUGUUUCAUUUAGGAGAAGGAGCGCACAACGUGACAUUUAGCCCCGAAUAGUUAAUGGCAUCUAGACGUGUAUUGUAAGGCCGCUGAUAAUGCUGUCUGCCGUCACCCGAUCCUCCCAGCCAGGUGAGCUGCCACUGAUGACAGAGUAUUUGACCAGUCUUGUCUGUCCCUUGUUUAAGAGGAAGGCAUUUUCGUCAAACGAGACGAUGACCGACGAGUCUCGGUCCGAGACGCUCAGCCACGUCCAAGCACUGACACCAUGCUUGGCGGUGACCUCGAAUGCGUCCUCACCUUUCUUAUAGACGACGCUCAAGCCGGGAUCAACCAGCGCUGCGGAUGACAAAGGCGUUGGGGUGAAUGUGUUUGUGUGCCGAUAUGUUCUCGUUGC